AUGAAUUUAGUUGAACCAGUAAUAAUAUUUCGAGGUAGUGCACAAGAAGCAACCGGAUAUUUCUUGAGAGGUGUUUUGGAGUUAAAUUUGAAAAAACCGAUGAAAAUACAAAAACUUGAACUGAAGUUUAUUGGAAAAACCAAAGCUUUUUUUCCUGAAAUGGUUUUCAUGAAUGAUUCAUCAUCAAUAAAAAUCGGUCAUAGAUGUGUAAAAGAAAGGAAAGAAUUAAUCUCACAUCAUUGGGAAUUUAUCAACAAUACCUCAUCAUCACCAUCUCCUUCAACUCCUUCAACAUCAUUAAGAUCAUAUGCAACAACAAAUUCGAACAAUAAUAACAAUAAACGUAAAUACGAAAAAUAUAAAAAAUUGUUUAGAAUAAAAAAUCAUUUGCCAGUCAUUUUAAAUUUAAAAAAUAACAACAUUAACACUACUAAACCAAAAUCAACGUCAACGUCAUCACUAAUAAUGGCUGGAAAACAUUCGUUUCCAUUUGAAAUAUAUGUUCCCGGAGAUUUACCAGAAUCCGUCAAGACCCCUAAAGGUUCAGUGAGUUAUCGAUUGGUGGCGAAGCUGAGAUGUAAAGGAAUGCUGUUAAAUGUGCUGAGUAAAACGUGCAAGGUUUACAUUGUACGUAUUUUGCACGAUCACGAGAAUGAUCGAGGGAUUGGGAUUUCAAGGGAUCUGGAUGAGCUAUUAAGUUACGAAAUCUCAAUACCAAAAAAAUAUUUCAUCAUGGGACAAACGAUACCAAUCGAGGUCAGGUUGACACCAUUAACUAAAAAAAUAAAAAUUCAUGGUGUAAAAGUUCAAUUGGUGGAAAAGAUCAAGUAUAAACCGAAACAACGGAAGUUUGAGGAAAUUAAUGUAUCAAAUACUAUGUCAAUCAAUGAUCUGGGUCGGGAUAGCCUACUACAAGAUCACGAUGAAGGAGAUAUUGGCAAUUUGGUUUAUCACAAACUCAUUUCAUUUCAAUUACCAAAAUGUAAAGGACCAACAAAUUAUUCAUGCAAUACACCAUUGAUCAAUGUUAGUCACGAGUUGAAAUUCACUUUCAUCACCACAUUACCUUCACACCCAUCCCAACGAACAAAAUUACGAAUCAAUCAAAAAAUAAAGUUGUUGUCGUGUUUGGCAUUGGAUGAUUUUGUUUAUUUGCCUGAUUAUGAGGAAAAUUCGAUUUAUUGUCCUUGCCAUCCCGAGUAUCAAAGAAUGGCAGUAUUAAUAUUAGGAGAGGAAAUUGAUUCAAGCGGGAUAAUUUGGUAUAAGCAUAAAGCAUAG